AUGGUUAAGUAUACCAUGCUUCAGUUGGGCAUAGAAUCGGGAAAAGGAAAGCCGGUUUUACCAAACAUUGCAGUUAUUAACCAAUUUCGCAUCACGACGACUAAAACCGUAAGAGCUGAUUGUCUCCUAUUUUCAUCCAUUUUUUCAUAUCCUUCUAUCCAAUAUUUCGGCCUAUUUGCGAAUUUAGAGCUUCUCCUUCCAGCUGACGCCAACGUUUUCUACGCCAUCGCCCGAUCCCCUGGCCAACUGGGAAUUAACUCCGCUUCAAGUAGUCAAUGCGCUCACCAUUUUGGAGUCCCCUCCUCCCCCUCCUCCUCUUCGUCUUCUGCCUCUUGCUCUCCUAUGCACCUUCCAUCUCGACCGGCAUAUCCGCCACUCCAAUCUGCAAACAUUCGUUCACGUCCUGCUCCUUCAGCCGGCGGCGUCGUCAACAGUCUUGCCUGGCUUGGUCUCUUACUUGGCGGAGUUACUAAACCUACCUCUAUUGUUGCUUCUGGUUGGACAUCUGGCGGAACCUGCUCUUCAGGAUUUACGUCAGACGUGCCUACGACGAUAGCGGAGACAACGGACCAGUUUCCGGUCUCACAGUGGCUAGCGGACCUUGAAGAAGGCGCCGUUGUUUGUCUCCUGCGGCGUUCAAGGCAGGUUGACUCCAGCUCCCGGCCUACUUGGUAG